AGCGGCGCGCGUCGGCCGCGGCGCCAAUUGGCGAGCGGCGGGAGCGCGGGGUUUGAUGGGAAGGAGUUGGCCGGGCCGGUCUCUCUGUCAGUGGCUGCUGCUGCCUGCUCCGGAGGCAGGCUGCGCGGUGGCGGCCGAGACUGGCGGGGGUGGACGCCUAGGCCGGGCUGCGCCCGCUCCUCGCAGCUGUGAAUUCCUUUGGACAAUUGAUGAUAUUUAUCAUUGUGCCCAGUUUCUACAAAUAAAAGAUGGGUGGAUUAUUUUCUCGAUGGAGGGCAAAGCCUUCAACUGUAGAAGUUCUAGAAAGUAUAGAUAAGGAAAUUCAAGCAUUGGAAGAAUUCAGGGAAAAAAAUCAGAGAUUACAAAAAUUAUGGGUUGGAAGAUUAAUUCUGUAUUCCUCAGUUCUCUAUCUGUUUACAUGCUUAAUUGUAUAUUUAUGGUAUCUUCCUGAUGAAUUUACAGCAAGACUUGCCAUGACACUCCCAUUUUUUGCUUUUCCAUUGAUCAUCUGGAGCAUAAGAACAGUACUUAUUUUCUUCUUUUCCAAGAGAACAGAAAGAAAUAAUGAAGCACUGGAUGAUUUAAAGUCCCAGAGGAAAAAAAUACUUGAAGAAGUCAUGGAAAAAGAAACUUACAAGACGGCUAAAUUAAUUCUUGAAAGGUUUGAUCCAGACUCAAAGAAAGCAAAGGAGUGUGAGCCGCCAUCUGCUGGAGCAGCUGUAACUGCAAGAACUGGACAAGAGAUUCGUCAGCGAACUGCAGCUCAAAGAAACCUUUCUCCAACACCAGCAAGUCCUAACCAGGGCCCUCCUCCACAAGUUCCAGUAUCUCCCGGACCAUCAAAGGACAGUUCUGCCCCUGGUGGACCCCCAGAAAGGACUGUUACUCCAGCAGUACCAUCAAAUGUGUUACUAAGACAUCUUGGAUCCCCUGCUACUUCAGUGCCUGGAAUGGGUCUUCAUCCUCCAGGUCCACCUUUAGCAAGACCUAUUCUCCCCCGAGAACGAGGUGCUUUGGAUAGAAUUGUUGAAUAUUUGGUUGGUGAUGGUCCACAGAACAGGUAUGCACUUAUAUGUCAGCAGUGUUUUUCUCAUAAUGGCAUGGCUUUGAAGGAAGAAUUUGAAUAUAUUGCUUUUCGAUGUGCCUACUGUUUUUUCUUGAACCCUGCAAGAAAAACCAGACCUCAGGCUCCAAGACUUCCGGAGUUUAGUUUUGAGAAGAGGCAGGUAGUGGAAGCUUCAAGUUCAGUUGGCCCCUUGCCAUCGGGAAGUGUGCUUUCAUCAGACAACCAGUUUAACGAAGAAUCUUUAGAACAAGAUGUUCUUGGUAAUAGUACAGAGCAGACAGAUGACAAAAUACCAGCUACAGAACAGACAAACCAAGUGAUUGAGAAAGCAUCUGACUCAGAGGAACCAGAGGAGAAAGAAGAGACUGAGAAUGAGGAAGCCUCAGUGAUUGAAGAGAAAGAAGAGACUGAGAAUGAGGAAGCCCCCUCCACAGUUCCCAGAGUUGAUUCUAUUCCUGAUCCUGAACUAAGCGGAGAUUCUUUGACGGCAGAGUAGUAAAUGCUUCCACGUGCCUUCAACUGGAUAUUUAUAGUCUUGUUGAUGUCAGUUACUGCUUUUUCGGUGGUACUUUCUUUUCUUGCCCCUCAAAGGGUAUGCUUGUGUAUCAUUUGAAUUCAGAUUGCCUAGCUAUUUGAACAUCGCAAAGUUAUAUAUACUGGGUAUUAAAAUUAAAAGCAAGUGAUAUCAGUGAAGUAAGGUCCUUUUGAAUCUACAAAGAUCCACACUAUUGAGACAGCUUUUAGAUAUUUUUUGCCCAUUGUAAAAGUAAACAAACAUGAUUGCGUUUUGUUUUCUGUAUGUAUAGCCUGUAAAUAUCCAUCUUGGCAUAGGAAGAACUUUGGUUAAGAGUAAGUUCUCUAAUUGUGUUUGUUUUAAGGAAUGAAACUCAGUUAAGAUUUUGACUACUUCAUUAUUAAAAAUUGAUAGACUUUUAGCUCCUGAGAUAUUUACAACUGGGGGAGAUGUCUACUUAGGUGUUUACAUUGAGUGGUAUGAAAGUUGUAGUUAUUACUACAUUGUCACUGGUACGAAUUGUCAAUAAGAAUGCAAUGGAACAGUUAAGUAAAACUGUAACUACAUAGGCACUGGUACGAAUUCUCAAUGAGAAUGCAAUGAAACAGUCAAGUGCAGUGUUUCUUUUUGAUGUGUUUUAACUAGGCCAGAGGCACAUGAUGUAUGUAAUUAGUUAAUAUUUACACAUUAGCAUAUAGGAAAUAUUUCUGCACUUGACUGUACUUGAAUUCUGAGCAUUAUUUAUACAUGUAAGAUGAUGAUAUAUAUCAGUGAAUUUUGUGCUGUUGUUUGUAUUUUAUUAAGGAAAAUAAAAAUAAUCUGGCAUCAGUUUCAUUUUGUUAAAUAUCUAGUCUUCUUCAAACAGUAUCUUGGUGGAUGACUUGCCUACCUGAAAAAUCUCAGGAGGAAGAGCUCACAAUACAAUACAUCUGUAGAUUCUGCUUAGAGCAAAUUAUGAUACUUUUAUUCAGACUUGUUUCCUUUCUAGUUAAGAGAAAUCAUGACAUUUAGAGGUUCUAAUCAGAAAUUAGGUUUUUCUGAUUCAGGAACAUCUUAUGCCAGCCACUUGUAAUUUUUAACUUUGAGAAACAAGUUUUGUGAGAAUAGGUAGUGAGUUGCUGGUAGUUAAUUGAAUUUAAUAUUUGUAUUAAGGAUUAACUGGAAAAAAACUUGACUCAAUGGUAAUUAUUGGACCUUAAAUACAGUGUGAUUAUCUGUUACAGCCUCCUUUUAUCUCUCUUUUCCAAUAAAAAAAGUAAAAAUCAAGUUGUUAUGCUGAAGGGAAAAAUAUACCUGUAUAAGAA